UUGGAUCACUUGAAAGCAACACUAAUUGAAGUUAGUGGUUAUAAUAAUCAUGAUGCAGAAAUGGCUGUCAAUGAUAUUCGCAAAAAACUUAUUACAUAUGGAGCAAAAUAUUUCAGCGCAAGUUCUUCAAAUUAUAUUGAAUUAGAACUGUAUGAAAGUGAACUUCCUGAAGACUCAGAUAAUAGUAAUGAAAUAGAAAAAAAUAAUAAGAUAAGACUCUGGGAAUCAUUGUCAUCAAGAUUCUCAAUACUUAGCAAAAUGGCUCAUGACUUUCUAAGUAUUAAACCCUCAUCUGUUUCUAGUGAAAAAGCAUUCUCAAAAGCUGGUUUUACAAUUACUA